AUGUCCCACCUCGACCACAUCAUAAUUCUCGUCCCGUACGCCCAUCUCAUCGACUUACCCGCAUGGCUGACGGAAAACUUCACCGUCACCCCCGGCGGGCGCCAUGCAGACAACAAAACUGAAAACAAGCUCAUCUGUUUUAAAGACGGCUCGUACAUCGAGCUCAUCUCAUUCAUAAACGAUGACCCCGCUUUGAGGGAGGGGCAUUGGUGGGGUAAAAAGACUUUUGGGAUUAUUGAUUUUGCUUUUACUAGCAAGGGAAGUGGAGGUGCCGAGGAGAGUUAUGAGCUUGUGAGCAAGAGGUUGGGGGAGGUGAAAUGGGCGGAUGGUGAGGAGGAGGUUAGGUAUCAGAAACCCGUGGAGGGAGGGAGGAAGAGGGAUGAUGGGGUGGAUGUCAAAUGGCAAGUUACGUUUCCUGUCGUCUCGGAUAGAUACCAGAGGGGAGAACUACCGUUUUUUUGUCAUGAUAUCACGGAUCGUGAGGUGCGGGUUCCGUUUUCGAAAGAGUGUGUCACGCAUCCUAGUGGUGCAUAUGGAAUCCAGCGGUUGGCCAUCUUUGUACCUGGGGGCAGAGCAAAGACGCUACAGAAGGCUUAUGCUGCAAUACUUGGGGUGGAAAGUGAGGAACGGGGAGUGUUCGAGACGGAGCCGCUAAAGGGUGAGGGGGCUAAGGCGGGGUUUGUGGUGAAAGACCCCAAGGAAGAAUGGCAGAAGGAGGAGAUGAAACGGAGGGGUGGGUUAUUAUUGGGAGACUUGGCAUUUUUGAAGGAUGGGGCAGAUGGGGAGAGGCGUCCUUUGACGAGGAUUGAUGCUGAUGCUGAUGGGUCGGAGGUUGCAAUGGGCGGUUGGUUUUUGUGA